AUGUCAAGUUUUUUCACAACAACUCAAGCUGAAAUGUCAAGAUUUUCACCAAUGCAUAAGGUCACACGAUCGCAGAAAAUGACAAAAGAUGAUCCAAAUAGUACGUCUAACAAAAAAAAUAAUUUCAGGUACUAUGACGAACGCGGAGAAAAAUUGAUACGAGAAAAGCCCCGUAAUACCUCUUAUUAUUACAAACUCUACAAACUUCGUGGAAAUAAAGGAAUAAAAAUGAAAGAAAUAUCUAAAAUGUGGAAAAACGAAACACCGAAGAUUAAGAAUAUGUUCAAGCAUUAUGCCAAGGAAAGAAAAAAAGAAUGCAAAAGCACAAUAAAAAAUAGUGACCUUGAUAUUAUUAAUGAACAAACAUGUAUAGUUGAAGACUCUCAUUUGGAAGAAUUCUUUUGUACUAUUGAAGAAAUAACCACAGAAACAAACGGUUCACAACGUUAUUCGGAACAAUACGAUUACACAGGUCCUGUGAUAACUCAGAACAUCCAACAACUCAGUUCGACCACGCUUUAUACGCCUUGUAUUGCGAUACAAUCCAUACCUUAUGAGCAAAUUCUUACUCAACAACUUUUACCAUAUGAGCAACUUCUUUCUCAACACUUCGUACCUUAUGAACAAAUUCUUACUCAACAACUUGUACCUUAUGAACAACUUCCAACAUAUUCAACACCUUAUGAACAAUCUCCAAUCCAAAUAUCGAAACUUUACACGCAAUAUUCAACCCAUUCACCGAUGUAA